AUGGGGGAUAGAUGUGGCAGGGGAGUGAGUGAAGCAGCAGGGGUGAUGGGGAUGGGGCGAGCGAAAAACAGCAAGGGUGAUUGGCAGAUGGGGGAUGGAUGUGGCAGGGGAGUGAGUGAAUCAGCAGGGGUGAUGGGGAUGGGGCGAGAAAAAAACAGCAAGGGUGAUUGGCAGAUGGGGGAUGUAUGUGGCAGGGGAGUGAGUGAAGCAGCAGGGGUGAUGGGGAUGGGGCGAGCGAAAAACAGCAAGGGUGAUUGGCAGAUGGGGGAUGCAUGUGGCAGGGGAGUGAGUGUAGCAGCAGGGGUGAUGGGGAUGGGGCGAGCGAAAAACAGCAAGGGUGAUUGGCAGAUGGGGGAUGUAUGUGGCAGGGGAGUGAGUGAAGCAGCAGGGGUGAUGGGGAUGGGGCGAGUGAAAAAAGCAUGGUGCGCAGAUGCGGCAUACCUGGGCAUUAUGCCACCAUGUGCCCGUCUCUGGGGUGGAGUAGCGUCGCUGGCCGGUUUCAGGGGGCGGAACGGAAGAAUAGAUGAGCAGCAGAGGUCCCGAAUAGCAGAGGAGUGGAACAGCAAAGGAGCGGAACAGCAGAGGAGCGGAACAGCAGAGGAGCGGAACAGCAGAGGAGCGGAACAGCAGAGGAGCAGAACAGCAGAGGAGCGGAACAGCAGAGGAGCGGAACAGCAGAGGAGUGGAACAGGAGAGGAGCGGAACAGGAGAGGAGCGGAACAGGAGAGGAGCGGAACAGGAGAGGAGCGGAACAUGAGAGGAGCGGAACAGGAGAGGAGCGGAACAGGAGAGGAGCGGAACAGGAGAGGAGCGGAACAGAAGAGGAGCGGAACAGGAGAGGAGCGGAACAGGAGAGGAGCGGAACAGGAGAGGAGCGGAACAUGA